AUGCCCUUUCCCUACAAAGUAUUGAAAGCCCUGGACCCUGAGAUCUAUCGGAACAUAGAGUUUGAUGUUUGGCUGGAGAGCAGAAAAGAACUUCAAAAAACAGAUUACUUGGUGUUUGCUGGAAGACAGUACUAUUUAGGAGACAAAUGUCAGGUACGGCUAGAAACUGGGGGAAAAUAUUACAAUGCCCAUAUACAGGAUGUGGGACAGGAUAAUUAUGUGACCGUCUUUAUUGAAGAGCUGGCAGAAAAGCACCUUGUUCCACUGGUAAAUUUGAAGCCUGUGACUCAAGUCAAUCCACUUCCUGCCUGGAAUGUGAUGUCCAAUAGAAAAGGAGGAAGUUAUCAGAAGAUACCAGAUAUGGAUAUAAAAACACGGAAGAAGCUGUUCAAGAAAGUACACGGAAAGGAAGUGUACGGACACGUAAAUCCAUACGACCAUUACCAUUUUCAGAAUUCGCAGAGAACCGGCCGGGGAUACGGAACGUCAAGGGGAUCUGCCCGAUUUAUAAACAGGAACAACAUCACUGGGCCAGAAAUAGCAUUUUAUCCUAGUCCAGGAAAGAGAUGUUAUCAGAGCUAUGAUAACUUCUCAUAUAGAUCACGUUCAUACAGCCGUAGUCGCAGACAGAUGCAGUGUGUAAAUAAAGAAUGCCAGUAUGGAUUUUCACCUGAGAAUGGGGAGGAGCCUCGAGGUGUGGAAGAAACCAUCACUUUUUAUGAGAUUGAAGAAGGGGAUGACGCAAAUUUUCCUGCUUUGCCCAAGCGAGGCAACCCAUCUCCGAUAGUUCCAGCUCCUGCAGGAUUCUGGGUGACAAGAAGGGCUUCAAAUUCUGUCCCACCAAAUAAACCAGGGCUGAAUAAUUCAGAAGAAGAAGUAGAGGAACCAACUGAUAACGGAGAAUACCAAGAAGAUUAUCUGUAUACUCCUCCAGACCCAGAGUGUGAAGCAACUACAGUAUUUAAUGCAACUGAAUCCACUGCAAAUUUGUCUCUGCAGGAUGCAGGAACAAAUUGUGUCUCUUCUCAGAAAGCAGCUACCUCCUUCAGUUACUCUCAGAAGGUCAUGGUAAAUUCUGCCAUUAUAUCCAGUGCCUCCUGUGUGAAUUCGGCUCCGGCCACCAUUUUCUCGUCAUCCUGUAGUGCUUCAACUCAAGUCACUAUCACUGCAUCUACCCCCCAGAAUGCAGUGCCACCAAUCUUAGUAACUCCUUCUGGGGGAAGACCAGUUGUGUCAGUGUAUCAGUCACCUCCCCUUCCUCCGGUGAGUGACGUGGGGGAAAAUGGCAGUAUCACACCCCCUUAUUCUUGUGAUCCAAGUGGAAAUGACCUGCCUAGAGAUCCAAAGGUUUUGCAGUAUUAUUUUAAUCUGGGCUUGCAGUAUUACCACCAGACCUGCUGGAACCACGUGAUGUAUGUACAGCAACCAUCGUCCCCACCACCUCAAAUGGAAACCUACCAGACCUAUUCAGAGCAAGUCUCUGUGGUUGAUUCAUCAGCGCCUCUGCCUUACAACGACGUCGGGAGGAAUGAUGUGCGCCAGAUGCCUGCAGACUCCUCGUCAACUGGUGCCUUAGCCAUCCCAGAAUCCUCUCCACCACCUUCUGGGACCGUCUAUUACCCUGUGACAACAGACACAUACACCCCAUCUCCUGUGCCAGGAUACGAAUCUUGUGUCUCAUUUGUGCCUACAUAUCACUGCGUCGGUUCAUGGUAUCCGGUCAACGCAUCCUAUGGGAACUCUGCCCGAAUCCAUAACACGGUUAACCCCAGCCAUUUCCAGCAGGUUAGCUACGUCACCUCAUCCAAUCCACAACAGCAUUUUGUAUCUCAAAGCAUGUAG